AUGCCUUUCGCACUCGCACGCUAUUGGGACUCGCUGGAAAGUGCCGACUAUCUGGAUGAGAAGAUUCCAACAGAAAUAAACGAGAUUGACGAGCCAAGUUUGGAAAUCUUACAGAAAGAAAAUGUUGACAUUUGUCAUCAACAAUGGUUGUCUGAGCUUUCAUUAGCAACAGAGCACGAAUGCCAUUCCAUCCUUUAUGCCAAAUCCCUAUUAGGGGAUGCAACUCUAAAUGCGUCUUAUGAUUGUGAUCAUAAAACGGAUAAGGCUGCAACAGUUAAUACUCAACACAAGGAACAAAAGGAUUUAAAGAACUCCCCACCACCUCGGAAAUCUUCCAAUUCUUCUAUACGCUCGAGAAGUCAGUCUGAAUCGACGUCUGUCCCAUCUAUCCCUCCACCGAAGCCUCAGCGACGUAUUGCUCGGAAGAAGAACGACAAAGUUGAAGUUUCAAAAAAUGAUAAAUGGGCAGCCACAUAUUCCACAUUGGACUUGAUUGAAUCCUGUAAAUUCACUGAAUCACAUUAUGCUUCCAUAGAUGGAUGGAGACAAGGCAAUCAAACUCAAUCGACGUUGGCUUUAAACUCUUCCGAUCGAACAACAAAUAAUACUGCUCCUUGGACACCACCGGGAUUACGAUUCCGACGAGACGAUUCAAGUUUACCGCAAUUGAACUGUUCAAUUACAUCAUCAACGUCCACAAUUAAUCGACGACCACAACCACCUACAUAUGAGCAGUUGAGUAUUCGAGUCGAGAAAACUGGUAACUCUAAAGUUGUUGGGCGGAAACCAAUUGUGAUCAAUCGACAAACUGUUGCCGUUAGCUCUGAAGACGUUGAAAAAGCACGUAGGCUUUGCAACGAAGCAGUUUCCGCAGAUUCACAUAACAGAAAUAAUUGUAUGAUACCACCUGCUUCUCCCAAGAGUAUGAACUCAGACAGCACCUUAAGUGUUGAUUCUGGACAAUGUUCUGGUGAUUUAGCAUUAAACUCAUUCUCUUCAUCAAGAGAAGAAAAGGAUGUUGUAGAUCCAUGUCAGAUAUCUACUUACCAAAGUUACCAGCAGCGCUGUUUACCCAGCUAUCCUAGAAUGGCUAGUACGAUGGAUCAUGUACUUCGUACGGCAUCGUCGAUUUACACAUUGUUCUCUCAAACAUGCGAUCACAGCGUGCUCAAGGAUCUAUCCACUAAAUCUACUAUGUUCAUACAAAUAUUGGAAUCAUCUCCUUGUGUGUAUUACUUACCCAAAUCGGAUAUCUCCGCUGUCAAAUCCCAAAUUUCUGAACUCCAAAGAUCGCCGAUUGACGAAAUGAGCUCAUCUCUUGGCCAAUCCAAUUAUUUUGUAAUCAUUGUCAGGAAAAUGGUUGAGCAGGUUCUCCAACUUUUUGCGAAGAUCAUUAGCAAGCACAUCAACGAGUGUGGUAAUAAGGAUCGUUUACUAGUCAUUGCUCUUGAGCAUCUCAUUCAUAUAAUUCUUUUCGGAGAUGAGUUAUGCUUAGAGACCAUUCAAGUUGGCGGAUUAACAAGUCUUUUGAAACUGAUCCGGACUCCUGGAACCCCUAGUGAUACAUGUCGUCUUUUACUAAGGGCAAUGGCUGUUCUGUGUGGAGUAUCAAAAGGAUGCCUGUCGUUAUUAUCGUUUGGAGGAUUAGACAUUGUUUUGCACCAUCUUGGAUCUACUUCUUCCUCAUGUGCUAUCGAAGCAUCAGGAGUUCUAACCCAACUAACUAAUCCUCAACACUCAUUCAUUCACUUACACAAUGUGGAAAAUAUACUAGCAAGACUAUUAGACUUGGUCGAUAUCUGCUCAAAUGGAGAAUCUUUGUUGUUGGUGUCAGCUGCAUUGGCUAAUGUUACAUUGCAAGAUCAAGGAGCAGUCGAUAUGCUUUAUCGACUAAACGCUAUCAGCAGAUUGAUUCAGGGAUACAAUAGACAAUACUGCUCGACAAUCUUCGUUCAGGAACAACUUGUCACAACUUUCUCCCGGCUAGCUGCUAGGAGAUAUGAGGAAGCUUUGAUUGCUCAGGGAGCGAUACCAGUUCUCCUGGAAAUGCUGACAGUAACGGACAAGACUCACACAGAUUAUUGUCGUCGCAUACGAUACAAAGCAGCUGUGUGUAUCGGCACAUUGGCCGCGACGGGGAUUGGAUUGAAGGCUUUGUAUAACCAUCAAGGUUAUGCCAUCUUGUGUCAUGUGCUAGAAAUGGAAAGCUCUACAGCAAACCCACUGAACAUGAUUUGUACGAGCAUUAGAAAUAAGCUCGAAGGCAAAUAUCGCAUUGAAAGUGCCGUUUGA